GUACCCGAGAGGGACAGCGUGUACCCCUCAAGAGACUCUCGAUUCCGCCGUUCAUUCUAUCAACCACUGCAAAAGAAUCCACCGCGAUUAACCAAAGAAGGGUAUAUUCGCGCCCUUCAACUUUACGGAAGAGAAGAUCACCUUCUUGAUUCUCUGAAAAGCUCAGUGGCCCGAUUCAACCAGUGGAGACGAGACAACCCCGGUGACCUCGUCGAAUGUCGCCGUUACGCAACUGAAAGAGGUUACGACUGGGAAAACGGCACAGUUGGCUCCAACUCCUACUACACCUCAUACGUUCAAUCUGAGAACAUUGAGAUUGCCCAAGGGAAUCUUACCACCCCACAAACCGUAGCCACAAGGUCCAUUGACUCUGCUUCGAGAGCGCCUUGGGUUGAAUUUGCACAAGCCCAGGAAGCUUCUUCUAGCGAAGAAGAGCAGAUGACACCGAGAAACCCGGAAGGGCGCUUUAUCACAAUGAAGCGACAACAGGCUGCUACCCCGGCG